UAAUUGCAAUGUACAAUGUGUGUGAUCUGAUUGGAAGAUACAUUCCACUCUUGAAAUUCCUGAAGGUGGAGUCCCGGAAAAAGCUCACAACAGCAAUUGUUAGUCGCUUGUUAUUUGUGCCAGCAUUUUAUUUUACUGCAAAGUAUGGCACACAGGGCUGGAUGAUAAUGUUGACUUGUUUUUUGGGGUUAUCCAAUGGUUACUUCACUGUUUGUGUUCUCACUUCAGCACCCAAAGGUUAUAAGGGACCAGAACAAAAUGCCUUGGGAAAUUUGUUGGUGUUGUUUCUUCUUGGAGGAAUCUUUGCAGGGGUAGCACUUGAUUGGUUGUGGUUAAUAGGUAAAGGGUGGUGAGAUCUUAACUAGGCCAAACUAGAGAAAUAGCUGAGGCAUUAUUGAAAAUCAGAUAGGUGUUUCUUUACAAUGCUUUAACUUAUGUUUAGAGUACUUGUGUAUAACCUCAUUUGAAAGAGAGAAGAGACCGACGAACUUGAGACUUGUCAAAUGCAUGAAGAUUGAUUCUAAACACCAAGGGGUCCAUCAAGUAAAGAAAGAUAGAGUAUUUGACUUUGACAUUUUUUUAAUCUAAUCCAUAACUUAAGUGUGUCUCUAGCAAUUUACUUCU